AGGGUUGGGAGAUCCCAGCACAGGGGCCAGGAAUGGGGCAUGCGGAGUCAGCAAGGACACGGCUGGGUUAAACCCGGAUAGAACGGAGCGUGUCUCCGCUGCCGGCGCAGGGACAAGGACGUUGGGAGCAGCUCUCGUCGUUCCCAGCUCUGUGUAAGGCAGGAGGUUGGCGUGUGCUGAAAGACGCUCCAGGAGGAGAGAUGCCCCAUGACAGCCUGGCCCCCAGCGCACGGCCCCACCUGCCAUAGCCAUCCCCUCCUCCCUGGUUCCUGAUGGUGCAGUGAGGGCCGGGCAGACGAGCACCCACCAGAGCACCGCACCUCCUGCAGAGCCAUGGAGGCCCCCCCAGAUGUGCCUGUUGGGAACCUCAUCGACUUCAGCACAGAAGCAGCCACCCGUGCCCCCUCAGAGCCCUCUCCUCCGGCCGUCCCCAGUGACAACGGGCACCUGGAGGAGGUGACAGCAGAGGAGAGCGAUGCCACCGAGUCGGCAGACAGCGAGAACGACAUGGGUGAAUCCCCCACUCACUGGGGCCACCGCCGCUCCUCCUCAGGUGAAUCCUUCUCCUCCAACCACAGCACUGGGUCGGCCAGGGAUGAGGCAGCGUCCGAGCGCCGGGACUUCGUGCGGCACUACGUGGAGAAGAUCUUCACCGGGGGAGAGGAUCUGGAGCAGGAGGAGAAGGCGAGGUUUGGGGAGCUGUGCAGCGGUGAGGAUGGGAAGGGCAGAGAGUGGUUCGCCAGAUACGUGAGCGCACAGCGCUGCAACUCCAAGUGCGUGUCAGAGCAGACCUUCUACCGCCUGAUGCAGUCCUUUGCCCUGGUGCUGUUUGAGUGUCACCAGAUGGAUGAUUUCAGCCCUGCCAAGAACCUCAUGACCAUGUGUUUCACGUACUACUACAUCGGGAAGACCCACGCGCUGCCCCUGGAGGCCAAGGAGAAGCCCACAGGCAGCAUUGACUCCUACCUGAAGUCGGCCAACAGCUGGUUGGCAGAGAAGAAGGACAUUGCAGAGCGGCUGCUGAAAAACACAUCAGCCAAGACAGAGAAUGUCAAAGGCUUCUUUGGGGGCCUGGAAACCAAGCUGAAGGGUCCUGUGGCCAAAAAGAGCGACGAAGGUGAGGACAAACCAAAGGAGAAGCUGAAGAAGACGGUUUCCGUGCAGAGCCCAGAGGAGGAGAAGAAAGGAGAGAAGAUCUACUUGUACAUGCACCUCAAGCAGCAGCCCAUUUGGCACAACCUCCGCUUCUGGAACGCCGCCUUCUUCGAUGCCGUGCACUGCGAGCGCAGGAAGCGCUCCCCCACCACCAGAGGGAACGUUGGGGAGGAAGAGGAGAAGAGGGAGAAGUGGUGCCACAUGACACAGGAGGAGCGGGACGACAGCCUGCGCUUCAAUGAGAACAUCACCUUCGGGCAGCUGGGCACCUUCAUCCACAACAUGUUGGCGUUCGGCCUCACCAAGAAGCUCUGCAGCGACUUCCUCAAGAAGCAGGCGACCAUCGGCAAUCUGGAUGAAGAGCAAUACAAGCUGCUCAGCGACCACAUUGAGCAGAUGGCCAGCGAGUAGCGGCACGGCGAGACGGCAACCAGAGUAGGUGGGGAGGGCAACCUGCCCCCAGAACAAAGCUGGGCUGCUCGAAACCACCCAAACACACACGUGUGGAGCUGCCAUACACCCGCAUGACCAUCCGCCAGACUUCAGAGCUGCGCCGUGGGCAGCCUGUAGAAAUAGGAGCCAACAGCCCCAAUCCCUCGCCGGAGCCUCCUGUGUGUAUUUCCAGAGCAGACAGACCCCAGCAAUGUGUUUUGUCACUUAAACAAACAAACAAAAAAGGCAAGAAAAAAGCAAGCUGAGAAAUAGGAGUGGUUGCUGCUCCCACUCUGCCUGCAUCAGUGCAGCCCCAGCUAUGCAGCCGAGCAGGUUCUGAUGCGGGUCCCGAUGCGCUCCUUGGCACGGCGGCUGCAGGACUUUGGGACACGGCUGUCCCCAAAGUGGAGGUUUCCAUGGGAACGUGUUCCUUGUGCAGCUUUCCCCGUGUAUCCCAUAAGGGAAAUAGCAGAGCAGGUCCCCGAGGCAGGGCCCCCCUCCCAGCCCUGCUGCCAGACGGCUGUUUGCUUGAGGGAGGCCGCUGCCGGUUUGCACUUUGUGUGUGAUUGAUGGAGAGGAGCUCUCUCCUCAUUCCUGCUGCAUUUAUCUCCUAUCCCCCACCCUACCCCUUCCCUAAACCUAAAGAAUAUAUUAUCUGCAUGUGUAUUUUUCUAAAAAAUAAAUAACCAAAACACUCUCCCUUUGAUUCCCCCCUCUUCCCC